CGCGCUGACGUCACGAGGGGGCGGGGCCUGCGCGCUCCCGGCAAGGCCGGUACUUCCGGGUUCCCCGGGCGGAGGCGCGGAGCCGUGACCCCCAGUGCCACCAUCAAGGGAUGCGAGCCGCCCGCCGUGUCAGAUGGCCACCGAAUCGACCCGGAAACUCCUGCGCUGGCAACCCGAAGCGAUGCAAAAAUCGGGAGUAUAAAUACGGGGACAUCUCGCUGCCACGCGCUGGGGGUUUCACAACCCGCCUCGGCCUUGCGCCGUGGCUCUGUCGGCGGCAACGCUGAGGAGCAUCAACCCCAGCUUUACCUGCGGCCCUGGCAAGUUGUUGUCAGGUACAGAAGCAGGUGACAGCCUGAAUGAAAUAUUCAUUUGUGAGUGCUUGAGAAACACAAUCUUGCCAUCAAGGGCGGUGCUGGGAGCUCAGCGGCUGGUUUUCCUCCCCCAGCCGCUCCUGGGCGUCCUACUCGGUGCGCGGGGGCAGAAGUUGGAGGGCUUCGUCAGCAGCGACUCUUCUCCGUCCCCCAUCAGGUUUGUCAACUGCAAGGAGGACGUUUCCGCGGGGAAGAGGGUGGCACGUUGGUCCCUGUCCUUGACGCGAUGCCUGCGCUCCUGUAGCAGGAUGGCGGCCAGGCUGGGCGCAGGGAAGGACCUGAAGUUGGAUGCAAGGGUCCUGCUGCUGCUGCCAGCUGGGGCUGGGCUCUAACCCUGCCUUAACCCUCACCGAAUUAUCUCCGAGGGGUUUUAUCCUCCAACAAGCCAAUCCGCUGGCCGUGCCAGCUGGCUUCUCUGCCUCUGUGCUGCUUCUGCUCGGGGUCGGGCUGUGUGCUGAGUGUGGCUGGGCGUGCGCGGGCUCCGAGGGGAAGGCAGGAGCUGUGUAGGAGGAGAGGGCUGUCCCGACACCAGCCCUUGGAGCCACCGUCCCUCAGAGCCCUCAUUUCCCUGGGGUGGAGGGUGACUGGCACAGCACUCGUGCUUGGAAAAUGACUGGCUCCGCGUCCAGGCCUUGAGUCACCAGUUCACGCCGUCGUCGUGGGCUGUUGUUUUCCGUUUGCAAAGCACGAGCGGUGACCUGCUGUUUAUUUAUAACUCGGAGAGCGUCGCUUGUUGGGAGACUGAAGAGCCAAGCUCUGGGACGGGGUCUCUGCCUCUCCUGGCAUAAGGCUUGGUUUGAACAAGCCGUUCCUAAAGAAUUUGGCUGUUUUGCAGCAGUUUGGUAAAUAAACAGCUCUGCUCUCGCACCGGCGACUCUCUUCCUCGGUGACAUGUGAAGGCAGCGCCCGGCGUGGGGAGCAGCAGCAGCAGCUGAGAUGCAUUCGAGCCACGCUGAUGACCCCAAGGAAGCCAUACAGCUGAUCAAGAAGCAACUGGUGAAUGCCAUCAAGGCGUUGCAGAAGCAGUACGUGACCUCAGAUGCCGUUGUAACCAGUGACGAUGGGAAUGCAAACACCCUCUGCAGCGCUCUGGAAGCCGUUUUUGUGCAUGGGCUGAAGGCGAAGCACAUAAAGACAGAGAGUGGGGGGAAAGGGAAGAAAGCAGGGGGUCGGGGACCCCUUCCCCAGCCGGUCUUUUGGGGUCUGCUGAAGAGCAUCACCCAUCGAAAUAUUGUCUCAGAGCUGGAACAACUCAUCUUUAUCAAUACGGACGUUGGCCGCUGCCGAGCCUGGCUGAGGCUGGCUUUGAAUGAUGGCCUCGUGGAGUGUUACUUGAAUCUGCUGCUGCGGGAGAGGUCCCGGCUGCCCGAAUACUACCAGGCGACUGCUCUGCUCCUAGAUGCUGAAGAGUGUGAGUUUCUCCUUAGCUACUUGCAGGGCUUAUCAUCCUUAACCUUCGAGCUCUCCUAUAAAUCAGCAGUUUUGAACGAGUGGACUGUCACCCCUCUGUCCCUGUCUGGUCUGUGUCCUGUUUCGGAGCUGUUGGAGCCUCUCACGUCGACAUCCGAACCCCACAGAAAAGCCUCGCUGGGUUCGAUCUCCCAGUCAUCAGGAUCAGAUGAGAUAGAGAUUCCACCUUCCGUCCUACCCAUUGGCAAAGCCAGCAGCAAAAUCAAGCUGACAUCGUCCUCACUGAGCCUUAACACCACAAGCUCGUCCCAGCUCUCCUCCAGCCUGGGCUCCGACAGCGUCCUCCCCGCUCACUGCACCCGCAGCCCGGAGCGCAGCGAGGAGCCGCUCUCCUGUGACUCCGCCCUGGGGACGGCCACCACCGAGGACCUGGACAGGUCGCUGCAAGAGGUGUUGUCUGAGUUCAGCAAAGCCAAGCCAAGCCUGGAAGCCCCAGAGGGACGGCUGGUCCAAAGCACGCUGGGCUGCUCCCCCCGGCAGUCUGCCUGCCCCCCGGCCCCAGCGCCCAGCGCCCCAGCCCCAGCAGCUCACCAGCAGCCGCCCCCCGACAGUCCAGGCUGUGCUCGGCUGAGUGCCACGGUGGCCGCUGGCGAUGGGGCUGGGGAUGUGGCACCACAAGGCGGUGGCACAGCUGGCGUUUGGGCCCCGCGGCAAGGCAGUCCGAGCAGAGGAGAGACAGGCGGCAGCGGCACAGUGGGUGGCAGCGAGGCGAGCCAGGCAGUCCGCAGCCCGACGGCUGAAUACCUCCUCUCUCCGCUGCUGGGUUGUCCGAAAAGAAAGAGCUGGAUCUCAGAAGAUGAUUUCUACAGACCUUCCCCAGGAGAGAGCAGUGAAAGCAUGGCCAACACCAACGGCUUUGGGCCCGAGGAGGCUGUUGAGGGGCUGGCCCCAGGGCUCAUUAGUGCUCUGGACUUGGAAAGACUCUCGGUGCCAUCCUCAGAGAGCGGGAAGCCCAAAAUGUCACCCGAACGGGAACAAAAGGGCUUCAGCGUUGUGCACCGCAGGCAGAUGGGUCUUUCCAACCCUUUCCGAGGGCUCCUGAAGCUGGGCAGCCUGGAGCGGAGAGGAGCCAUGGGGAUAUGGAAGGAGUUUUCCUGCGAGCUGUCGCCACUGGAGCUCCGGCUCUUCCUGGACCACGAGGACCGCAUCUGUGUCGAGAGCUAUUCCCUGCUGCGGUGUGAGUCGCUGGCGCUGACGCACUUGGAUGGCCGUUUUGAGCUGGUUUUCCUGGGGAAAAAACUCUACCUACGAGCUCCUUCUCGAGACGAGGCUGAGGACUGGUUGGACAGGAUCCGUGAGGCUCUGCAGAAGUGCCGGCCUCAGCUGGAGGAGGAGGAAUGGGAGACACUGGAGUAUCUGGAAGAUGGUGCCGAAGGCCAGCCCGUCCAGAGCAACUCCGCUGCUCUUCUCCAGUACAGUGACAUGCCUGGGAACAGCUUUGACUGGACUCCAGCUCAUGAACCGGAGCUGGAUGCAAUAAAAGAGGCUGUUCUGUACAUGGACGUAGACAAAACCUGGGUCCCUUUUAUUUUUUCCCUGUCUCUAGAAACUUUAAAAUGCUUUAAGGUCAGGAACAACGACAAAAUUUUAAGCAACAGUUAUGGUAUAGAGACCAUCCAGGACAUCCUUCCAGACACGAGCCUUGGGGGACCCGCGUUCUUCAAGGUGAUCACCUCCAAAGCUGUCCUGAAGCUGCAGGCUGAGAAUGCAGAAGAAGCGGCCUCGUGGAGGGAGCUGGUCCGAGGGGUGCUCAUGUCCUACCUGGAGAGUGCGGAGGAGGCGCUGACGCUGGGUGGCAGCUUGGACGGGCAUUCCCAGGUCAUCCUGAAGAACAUCGUGAAGGAAAACGGCUUCUUGUUGCAAUACCUGGUGGCCAUCCCCAUGGAGAAAGGCCUGGACUCGCAGAGCUUCAUCUGUGCAGGCUGCUCCAGGCAGAUCGGCUUCUCCUUCACCAAGCCCAAGCUCUGCGCCUUCUCCGGCCUCUACUACUGCGACAGCUGCCACCGGGACGAGGAGACGGUGAUUCCUUCGCGCCUCAUCCACAACUGGGAUCUGACAAAACGAGGGGUUUGCCGUCAGGCUUUGAAGUUCCUCACCCAGAUCCGUAACCAGCCACUGAUCGACCUGAAGCUGGUCAACGAGAGCCUCUACGAGCACGUGGAGAGGAUGGGCCGGAUCCACCGGAGCAGGGAACAGCUGAAGCUGAUGGGAGAUUAUCUCAUCAUGUGCCGGAGCGGAGCCCUGAAGGAGCUGAGCAAGCGGCUUGAUCACAGGCACUACCUCUUGGAGUGUCCCCACAAAUACAGCGUCGCUGAUCUGAGGCAGAUCGCUGACGGCGUCUUCGAGACCUUCCUGCAGUCUCUGCUCCAGUUUGCUUCCCAUCACGUCUACAACUGUGACCUGUGCACCCAGCGUGGCUUCAUCUGCCAGAUCUGCAACAGCAGCGACAUCAUUUUUCCCUUCGAGUUUGACACUACCACCAGGUGCAGCAAAUGCAAAACCGUCUUCCACUGCCAAGCCGGCACCAAGCCGUGUCCCCGCUGCGAGCGCCGGCAGAGGUACCGCCGCAAGCUGGAGGUGGAGGCCAGUGCGGAGCCCAGCCCGUAGCAGCCACGGACUGACCUCGACACCGCCCGGGGCUUCUCGUUGCGCUGAGGGGAAGGGGCCAGCAGGAGACCCCCCUGCCCGGGCCCUGAUCCUGCACCCAGCCCUCCCCCGGGACAGGGAGCCCGCUGGGCGCUGGGGCGUGGGUGCUCCUGCCCUACAGAGGGACCCUCUGCCCACCCAGGGCUGAGCAAGGGGGGCUGGAAAGGGCCGUCCCCCCACUCACACUGACUUGGGGACACUCCCAGUCACCCUCCUGGUGCCAACCUGAUACAUCCCCUCCCAGUGGAAACCCAGCGGCAUUCCAGGGUGUAAAUCCGAGUUUCCAAUCAAGGGUGUGGAUAACUGACAUUGAUCAAAGCUCUAGUUUUUUAGGAUGUUCGAUACUGAAAAACUGGUAUUUUUUUACAUGGGGGUUUUGCACAAGCUGGCCUGCUCCGGGGAGGUGUCGGCAGCCGUGCGGGGAGGGGGCGAAGUGACACUUGUGCCUUUAGGGACCUGCACGCCUCGGGGGGACCGCGGGGGCUGGGGCUGGCCGAGCAUCUCCCGCUCGGAGAGAGCCCACCCAUCACCAUGGCCUCCGGGAAGAGAGGGGAGAGAAGAGCCGAGCUGCUCCUCCCCACCUGCUGCUUUUAAUCCUUGGAAGAAAUUUUAUUUUCCUUUCACCCUUCUCCAUGCAACAAUAAAGUUUAUUU